AUGCGCUCCCGAACUGGCUGCUUGACAUGCCGGACUCGCAAGCUUAAAUGCGACGAACAAAAGCCCCAGUGCUCACAAUGUCGUAAAGGCGGCCGAGAAUGUCGCCCCAGUGAGGGCAUUGUCUUUCGUCAUCAACAGAAUGCGUCCAUGAACGAGGACUUGGCCCAGCCGCCUGAGGGUCGCGGUAACUUGAAGGGGUUCUAUUCGUACAAGAACACGUUCGACAAGGAUAGCGUCUGGCUGGAUAUCCCAAAACACGUCAUCUUCGUCGACAACUCCGAUCCGUACGCCGACGAUCUCGAAGCCACCGAAUCCAGCGCUGAGGCGCUCGCUCACUCGCGGAAUAACAGAUGGGGCAGUGACUCGAGGGCCAGCGAUGCAGGAUCACACGGACUCGAUACUUUGUCGACAGUCGCUUCCCACGAUCGCUUCCCUUUCUCGCCGAUGGAACACUCCAUCUCCGAUAGUAUCUCGUACCCUUCGCCGAACCGAUCGCGCAGCAGCGCCAUGCCCCCACCCGCAUCCCCGUCCAUGUCUCUCUCCAGCAGCAAUAACACAAACAUCAACUUCCUCCUGAACCCUUCCCAUUCCAUGUCACCGCCCCUCGACCUUACCUUGGGCACAACCGACCAGAGAAGUGCAUCCCUUCCAACGAGACCUGCCCCACAACAGAGGAGAAUAUCACAUCAGGUGAAUGACCAUGCCGAGACGGACUUCGAGGUGGCUUUCCUCUUGCGGCACUAUACCGAAGGGCCAGGGUUAUGGAUGGACUUGUUCGACUUGGGCACAUAUUUUGCCUCAUAUAUACCAGUCCGAGCCAUGUCAAACCCCCUUCUCAAGUAUGCUGCUUGCGCAUAUGCGGCAAAGCAACUCGGUCGGGUCAAAAAUGCCAAAGCGACCAUGGGCGGUGUAUGCUCACGUCAGGCCGUCAUGGAGGUAUGGCCUGAUAAGGACGACGACUUCACCUGGCAUGGCGCCAAGUAUUAUGAAAAGGCCAUCCAACUGCUGAUGAAGGAGCUGCAACCCGAUGCCGAGGGCCCACCUCCGUUGAGCACACCCGAAGCGUUUGGGCAAUGGCAGGCCUCUGAACUCUGCGGAGAUGCACAGAAUCCACGUAAGCGUCGAAGGCGUGUCUCGGAGAGUCGGCUUUCGCACGGGGUACACUCCGACGAGGUGUUGGCGGCGACGGCCAUUUUGUCGAUAUAUGAAUUUCUCGAUGCGACCGGUCCUGCGUGGAAUCGACACCUGAGCGGUGUCAAGUCUCUGCUUGAUGUGGCUGAGGUCGGGAUCAUGCCUAUGGAGCAGCGGUCGUCAGACGGAGACAGUCCGUAUCACACGUACAAAAAGUCGCGUCUUUCCAAAGCCCGCAAGGCGACAUUUUGGAAUUUUGCGCGGCAGGAUUAUUUAGCUGCUUUCAUCAAUGAGUGCCACACCAGGCUGAAUACAGACGACAUCGUGCUGUGGACCGAGGCCGGUUUGCAGUUGGACCACAUGGGCUUCAUCCGUCCCAGCAAUACCACUGCUACGGGAUAUCCCGAGGGCGACGACGUCAUGAAGGAAGAUCUCAUCUGUAAUGCCCUCAUCUGGAUUCUGUCGAAGAUUGUCAAUUUCGUCAGUUCCGGGGAUGGGCUAAAUCUGAACGAUAGCCGAUCUGUAGAUAGUGGACCAUUGGGAGUGACGCAACAAGUUCUCCUGGAGCGGUGGUAUCGACUGGAAGCGGAGCUGGAUGCAUGGUACAGUGGACUACCAGACACAUUCAAGCCCUGUGCGAGGAUAGAACCGUCGCAGAUGUCGCACUUCCAACCGGCCGAAGAGGCAAAAGACCUAGUCACGCUUCAGGAGGUGUGGUACAGCAUCCCCAUGUGUGCGUCCACAAUGCAGCAUUACCACAUGGCCCGGAUUCUGCUGCUAAUCAACAAGCCGCAUGAAUCAACCAGUCGACGAAGCACCAUCACGCUGCGACUGCAAUCAUACCGCUCCAUCGAAGCCGACAUUGGCUUCCACAGCCGCGAGAUUCUCGGCAUCGCCCUAGCGCGGCCCGACGGCAGCGUAAGGAUCCACUCCCUGCAACCGCUGUUCGUCAGCGGGCAAUGCGUGACCGAUUCCCGCGAACGGCGAGUCGCGAUUCGACUCCUGCGAGCCAUCGAGUCUGAUCUGGGCUGGGCCACAGAGUACCGAGUGCAGCAGCUGCUCAAAGAAUGGGGCUGGGACGAGAGCUUCAUCCGUUCGACGGCGGCGACCUGA